AUGUCAGAGGAUUUGUUGAAACAGUUGGGCAGCUACAAAGCACAGUUGCAACAAGUGGAAGCCGCCUUAUCAACCGACCCUGAAAAUGAAGACCUUCUCAAAUUACAGAAAGACUUAUCGGUAACUUGUUAGCCAUGGCCAAGAACAUUUUAGUUUUUACACAGAGUGUCAAAAUGUUUCUUAGUGUCUCUCUGUCUUCAAAUGUGUUAUUAUCCAGGAAUUAAAUGACCUCAAUUAUGUAUCCUUCACAGGAAGUCAUAGACUUAACAAAAGACCUCCUGACGUCGCAGCCCUCUGAAGGUACUGCUUGUGCCAACAGCUCAGAUUCAGCCCCCCUGAAACACAGGUGGAGUGUUGGGGACAGGUGUAUGACUGUGUGGAGUCAGGAUGGACAGUGAGUAUCACCAGAAGCUCCUCAGUCAAUAGUCAACCUGAAUAUUCAACUGAUACUUUACCAAUUUUACAAGGUCGUCUUUGUUUGUCUUGCUUGUACAUAUGUGGUCUUGACUUCAUUUGACCUACACUAUUCUAAUUUAUUUGUUUGAUGAAGCAGUGAUAGACAUGACAAGGCUGUUGUGAUAGAUUUUGUGUGAAGGGCCUAGGCUGUGAAUAAGAACAGUAACAGAAAUGCACAUCUGUAAUUCUUUAUAAUUGUGUAGUAGGCCUUGAGUCUGUGGCUUGUACUCACCUGCUUACAGCCGGGAUUCUUUGACAGGGUGUAUGAGGCUGAGAUUGAGGAGAUAGACGGCGAGAAUGGCACGGCGGCCAUCACCUUCUCCGGCUACGGGAACGCAGAGGUGGUGCCACUGCAGAACCUCAAACCUGCCGAGGAGGGCAAGCACUCUGGGGAUGACGGGAAAUCCAAGUCCAGGUAGGAGAGACAACACAUAUGUUAAUUAAGUAUGUCCUGUGUCGGGUCAGGAGUUUCCCUUGUUUCCAGUUCUUGAUGAUGUCCAGAAGAGUCCAUGGCUGAUCUAAAAUUGUAACUUUGGGUGUGUGUGUGCGCCAUGACAGGAAGGAGCAGAUAGCAGACCAGAGAGAGUACAAGAAGAAGAAGGCCCAGAAGAAGGUGCUGAGGAUGAAGGAGCUGGAACAGGAGCGAGAAGACCAGAAAUCCAAGUGGCAGAGUUUUAACAACAAGGCCUAUAACAAGAACAAGAAAGGACAGGUGACAUGCAUAUUGAUCUACUUUACACACAUCUUAACACUAGAAAUGCCGGGCCUUGAGCCAUCCCGUUCUGAGCCAAUGACCCGUCAUUAUGAUGUCAACAUCCUAACAGUCUAAUAAAUACAUUUGAUAUAUGCUAUUGCAAAAAUAGUCCUUUGGUUGUGUUUAUGAAUGUCUUAGGUAACAUUAGAAUAUGCAUUUUCCACCCAAAGAAUAUAAUAGCAUUUUCAAUAGUUUGUUCUAAAUCAAAUCAAAUGUUAUUGGUCGCAUACACAUAUUUAGCAGAUGUUAUUGAGGGGGUAGCGAAAUGCUGAUGUUCCUACUCCAACAGUGCAGUAAUAUCUAACAAUACACACAAAUCUAAAAAGUAAAAGAAUGGAUUUAAGAGAUAUAGAAAUAUUAGGACAAGCAAUGCUGUAGUGUGAGUAUGUGUAUGGGAUGUAUAGACAAUAUGGAUAGAAUAUGUAGUGUAUCUGAUUAAUAGUGUGUAUAUAUAUAUAUAUAUAUAUAUAUAUAUAUAUAUAUAUAUAUAUAUAUAUACAUACAGCAAUAGUUAAAGAGGAUAGGCCUUGACUAGAAUACAGUAUAUACAUAUGAAGUGGGUAAAACCAUAUUUAAACCUUAUUUAAAGGGACCAGUGUUCCAUGACUAUGUACAUGGGGCAGCAGCCUCUAAGGUGCAUGGUAGAGUAACCGGGUGGUAGCCGUCUAGUGACGGUGGCUAAAAUUCAGGGCAGGGUACUGGGCGGGGGCUGGCCAGUGGUGACUAUUUAACAGUCUGAUGGCCUUGAGAUAGAAGCUGUUUUUCGGUAUCUCGGCCCCAGCUUUGAUGCACCUGUACUGACCUCGCCUUCUGGAUGGUAAUGGGGUGAACAGGCCGUGGCUUGGGUGGCUGAGGUCCUUCAUGAUCUUCUUGGUCUUUCUGUUACACCGGCUGCUGUAGAUAUCCUGGAGAGCAGGCAGUGUGCCCCUUGUGCUGCGUUGGGCAGACUGCAUACCAGGUGGUUAUACUGCCCGACAGGAUCCUCUCAAUGGUGCAUCUGUAACAGUUUGUGAGGAUCUUAGAGGCCAAGCCGAAUUUCUUCAGCCGCCUGAGGUUGAAGAGGCGCUGUUGUGCCUUCUUCACCACACUGUCUGUGUGGACCAUUUCAAAUUGUCAGUGACGUGUACUCCUUGGAACUUGAAGCUUUUCACCUUCUCCACUGCGGCCCCGUCUAUGUGAUGGGGGCGUGCUCCCUCUGCUAUCUCCUGAAGUCCAUAAUCUGCUCCUUCGUUUUAUUGAAGGGAGGUUAUUUUCCUGGCACCACUCCGCCAGGGCCCUCACCUCCUCCCUGAAAAUAUUAUUAUUGUCCAGAUGGGAUAGGGCAGUGUCAUGGCGAUUGUGUCAUCUUUGGAUCUAUUGGGACGAUAUGCAAAUUGCAGUGGUUCUAGGGUGGAGGUGGAGGUGAUAUGAUCCUUAACUAGCCUCUCAAAGCACUUCAUGAUGAAAGAAGUGAGCGCUACAUGGCAAUAGUCAUUUAGUUCAGGUAUCUUCGCUAUCUUGGUUACAGGAAUAAUGGUGGACCUCUUGAAGCAAGUGGGGACAACAGACUGGGAUAGAGAGAGAUUGAAUAUGUCCGUAAACACUCCAGCCAGCUGGUCUGUGCAUGCUCUGAGGAUGCGGCUAGGGAUGCCUUCUGGGCCAGCAGCCUUGCGAGGGUUAACAUGCUUAAAUGUUUUACUCAGGUCGGAGAACGAGAGCUCACAUUCCACGGGAGUGGUGGUGGCCCGCGUCGGCGGCACUGUUUCCCUCGAAGUGGGCGAAGAAGGCGUUUAGCUUGUACGGGUGAAAGACGUCAGUGUCUUGCCAUCUAUCCACGGUUUUUGGUUUUAAUCGUCACAGUGGGAACAACAUCCCCUAUACACUUCCUGAUAAACUCAGUCACCGUGUCAAUGUAUACGUCAAUGUUAUUCUCAGAGGCAACCUGAAACAUAUCCCAGUCCGCGUGAUCAAAACAAUCUUGAAGCAUGGAUUCCUAUUAGUCAGACCAGCGUUGAACAGUCCUUACCACGAGUACUUCCUGUUUGAGUUUCUGCCUAUAGGAAUGGAGGAGCAGGAUGGAGAUGUGAUCUGAUUUGCCGAUGGGAGGGCCUUGUAGCCGUCCCGGAAGGGAGAGUAGCAAUGUUCGAGAGUUUUUGAAGCAGGCUUCGCUAGUGUUCCUCAGAUUUGCUUUAGAAAUGCAGUUACAAUAAAUGCGGUCUCAGGAUAUGCGGUUUCCAGUUUGCACAAAGUCCAGUGGAGUUCCUUGAGAGCCGUCGUGGUAUCGGCUUAAGGGGGAAUAUACACGGCUGUGACGAUGACCGAAGACAAUUCUCUCAGGAGGUAAUGCGGUCGGCAUUUGAUUGAGGUAUUUUAUGUUGUGUGAACAAAAAGACUUGAGUUCCUGUACAUUCCAACAAUCGCACAAUGUUACUGUAGGCUACAUGUAAAAACGAAAACAUAAACACCAAAAUUCAGUGUUGAAUCCAUCACAAAGAAAUGCAUUAUGUCUUAAAGGUCCAAUGCAGCCGUUUUUACCUCAAUGUCAAAUCAUCUCUGGGAUAAAUUAACUACCUUACUGUGAUUUGUUUUCAAUUAAAAUGGUCAAAAAUAGCUUCUUAGCAAAGAGCAAUUUCUCAAGCAAGAAUUUUGAUAGGUCUGUCUGUGUGGGAGGGGGAAACUGGAAAUUAGCUUUUAUUGGCAGAGAGGAUUGGAACUCUCUUUCUUAUUGGUCUAUUAAGUAAUUUACUGCCUGUUGAUGUCGCCAGGCAGGACAAAUCUCCAUCCCACCAAAACAGUCUGAAAUUUCAGGCUGUCUUUUCAAACAGCUCUUACGCUGAAAAGGGCAUUAUCAUUUUCAUAAUUUCACUGUAUUAUUCCAACCUCAUAGUUCAGAAAUGUAUAUAAAACAAAGAAAAAUCACUUUUGACUGUACUGGGCCUUUAAGAAACAUUAUGAUCCUAAGAAAAUGUAUUUUAAAAGAACAGAAUAGCAUACUUUAAGUGUCAUGUUACCAAUUGUUGCUUAGUAGCCUAGGCAAUAUGGUGCAGGGAGUGCUCACAUGUUGAAAGCAUGGAUUCUUAGUUAUUCUUGGGGGGGGAAAUUAUAUUUAGAAAUACAGCCCUUCCACUCGUGAGUUUUGGCUAAAAGUUUUUUUGAGAAACCUUAGAAUAUGCUCUUUCUGAUGGGUAAUAUAAAUCUGAGCUGGAUGAACCUAUCUGUAAGAUGAUUUGGAAAAGUAGCUUUUUUGUAAGCUUUUUGGUAAGCUCAAUUACACACACCUCGUCUCUUCAUUGACAAUUGAUAAUAUUGUCACCCAUCAGACUUUUGUCAAUUUAAUCUUGUCUUUAGGUUACAUCUAUUAUGUGUGAAGUUAGUUUAGAUAUAGUUUAGCUGUAGUUUCGAUGGGCUAUAAUCAAAUGGGCAGCCAACUCUCGUGAUGGAAGGGCAUGGGAAAGAAAAUGACAUGUCCUCCUUAAACUGCUUAUAACACGAUCUGUUUGUAAUCAAAAUUCUAACAACGUCAAUGUGUUAAAUAGACUUAUUUAGGAAUAUUCAAGGAUGGAGGGGGACAUUACUUAAAUAAUCGCAGAGGUAUUACCAUUUUAAAUUCAUAUGAAAUCAAAAUGACUGUCUGCGCUUCUAGUGUUAAACUAAGUAACUUUUCAAAUGUUAUUUUCACAUUUUCAGCUGUUGCUUUUUCACAGGAGAAGUACCAUAACAAAUAGUCUUACUGAGAUUUCCAUUGUGUGUUGCAGGUGAAGAGGAGUAUAUUUGCAUCGCCGGAGAGUGUAAACGGAAAGGUGGGAGUAGGAACAUGUGGCAUUGCAGACAAACCCAUGACCACGUAUCACGACACAUCCAAAUAUAACGUCAGGCAUCUAAUGCCACAGUGACCGAACAUGUUAUCUUGGUGUUAAAAUAUCCCAUUGUAUAGUAGCAGGAUCAGUGCUUACCAUUGUGGUUAUAUGGUUUAGGUUACCCCAGUAAAGGAGCUUUGAAACAAAUUGCUUGCUCACCAUUGGUUGGCUCAUUGGGAAAUUGUCCUUACCAGUAUAUCACAUAGAACAGCAGAAUUCUUAAUAAAAUAAAUUACCCCUGUAAUGGAGUCACAGCACAAAUAACGGUUGUGGUGAAAUUAGUCUGGGUUGCUGUAUCCUUCUGAAUGCAACAAAGGCCAAAAAACUAUGUUCAUGUUUCAAUGUUACACAUUUAUAGAUUUUUCAGAGUGAACUGGACUAUAAUAUCAUACAUUUUUACGGUUUAGUGAUAAGACCCUUUUUAAAGCAAGUCAUACAAAGCUAAUUUUACAUUUCAGCUUUGUAAAUUUACAAGGAAACAAAUUGUGGUUUUUGUUUAGAGGUUAGAUGCCCCUCUCUCAUUUUGCCCUGAAAUUGGGCCUUAACUUAAGUCUGAAUAAUUUUUCAUAUUGGUACUGAAUGUUGUUUAACACAGUUCCUCCAGAUGCCAGUAAUGUAUUUUGUACCAUCUUUGUUCUGUGAUGUACGUCAAUGACCUUAUGUCACUGCUGGUAAUAGAAGUUUUUAUUAUUUUUUUAUUAAAAUCAGGGAUGAGUUGU